AUGGCCCUCUCCCGCACGCAAGAGCUCUGUGUGGCGUGUGCGACGGAUGCGACCCUGGGCCACGCGCAACAUGCUGCAAUUGCGCUGGUAGAACUAUGCAUCGCGGUUGAGACCGCCCAGUCUCGGCGGAAACGCGCCAUUUCUAUGGCCACGGUAGCGGUCGAACUCUUGGCCCCGAUUUUGCAGAAAGCACACGAUGGAGAGCUUAAAGUAGAGGACACAGUUUUUAAGCAUCUCCUCGAAGAGAUCACAACAACACUCGGGCGGAUGCGCAGUUUUGUUGAGCAGCAUCCAGGCUUUCUGAACCCUCUGGAGACCUUCCAGCUGAGGCAGCAACUGAAAAAAAGCUGCAAAGCAGUCUUGAGGCUCUCGAAAUCUCAUAACUCCACGAAGAGCAGUACCAUCCUCAAAGUUGUGGACCUGAGCGCGCAGAUUGCGGUUGCGGUCUGCGAUGCGCCGGUGCUGAAUGCUUUCAAGCCGAUCGCGAACGUCGUCGCCCUAAUCAGCAACAGAGCAAUGGCGGUCAAGGCGAACCGGGAGGCCGCCGCCGCGCUUGCACAACACGCGGAAAAUGUAACCACUAGUGUUUUGAAAUACGCUGUUUUAGCGGGAGGAUCGGAGGCUGAGCUUGAAGCGCUCCAAAGUGCUCUCCAAGACACCGCAACACUUCUAGACACUCAACACAGUAAAUAUACCGCAUGGUUUUCAGCGACCUCCGAUUCGGCGCGGUUCGCGAGCGUCAACGCCAAGCUGGACAAGGCGCUGGCGGUUUACACGGCACGGGAGGCUGUGGAAGUCAAAAUCCUUCUUCGCAGAACGAGUGAUCAAGUCUCACAGCUUGGUGCUGUUGUACGACGCGACACGCGCAAGUUUUUUUUUUAG